GUUUGUUUACCUUCUUUCCACAUUCUAAACACAUAAGGAGGAGAGAGACAAAAACAGACAAGAAACAUAGAAAGAGUAACAGAGAGAAAAAAGCUGAUAAUUUUUUGUUACCAUUAAUUUGCAUGUUUUUGCAUGCUUUCCCUUUGAUGUUCAAUCGUUUGAUUUACAUGAGAAAGAGGUGUUAUUUUUUGCUUUGCAUUGAUUUGUUAAGAAGAAUUGAAUUUUGAUUCGAUGUGGAGCAUUUGUUUUAUCCAAAUUGUACCCAAAGAAACAAAGUUAGAACAUACAUACAGGUAGAGUACCUCUAAGAUUCUGGCGCCAUCAUGAAAGCUUGGGAGGCAACGGUACGUAAAACACAGGCUGUUGCGAAGAAACGAGCCAAUACUAUAUUCGGGACAUAUGCAUCAGCCCCGAAUGUUGAACAGGAUCAGGAAGAAGAGACUGUGGAAGACAAUGAUCACGAAGAACACGCGAGUGGAGAGGUGUAUCAGGCCGAGAGAUUUCUUCCUAAUGGCGAUUACUACACGGGUUAUUGGGCCGAUACAUUUCCUCAUGGAAGUGGGAAAUAUUGGUGGACGGAUGGAUGUAUGUAUGUAGGGGAAUGGUUCAGAGGGAAGACAAUGGGGAAAGGCACAUUUAGUUGGCCUUCAGGGGCAAUGUAUGAAGGUAAUUUCAAGAGCGGUUUCAUGGAUGGAGAAGGCACGUAUACGAGUCCUAAUGGUGAUGUGUAUAAAGGUACAUGGAUGAUGAAUUUCAAACAUGGUCGUGGCGUUAAAGAUUACGUGAAUGGAGAUUGUUACGAUGGUGAAUGGUGUCGCGGUAUGCAGGAAGGUCAUGGAAAAUAUCAGUGGAAGAAUGGGAAUUAUUAUCUUGGGGAAUGGAAGAACGGUACCAUAUGUGGUAAAGGCACAUUGUAUUGGACAAAUGGGAAUGUGUAUGAAGGGAAUUGGGAAGAUGGAGAGCCUAAAGGAAAUGGGAAGUUUCAAUGGCCUGAUGGAAGUCUUUAUGUGGGAAAUUGGAGUAGAGAUCCAAAGGAUCAGAAUGGGACUUAUUAUCCCGCGGGAUCAACAUUGUUGGAUGGAAAUCUGCAAUGGGAUCCUCAGAGUGUUUAUAAUGUUGAUUUGAAGGACUGUAAGGUAUGCCCUGGCGAAAAGGUUUCAAUUUUGCCGUCUAACAAGAAGUUAGCCGUUUGGAGAUCUACCAAGGCCGCCGAUUCAAGCGUUAGGCCAAGAAGAAUGUCUGUAGAUGGGAGGCUAGAUGCAGGUAUAGAUAGGGAUUUUGCUAGACCGCCGAUUCCUGAUGCUGCUCGACAUUCGACAGGAUCUGCUUCUGACAGAAAUGGCAUUGAUGACAGCUUAUCGGGUCUACAUCUUGAAGACCCAAGCAUAAGAGGAAGCCCGAUUAGGAUACCAAAGGUUGUGAAGCAACAAGGUGUGACAAUCUCUAAAGGGCAUAAGAAUUACGAGUUAAUGCUCAAUUUACAACUAGGAAUCAGGCAUUCUGUAGGAAGACCUGGGCCGCCACCAUCUCUUGAGCUGAAACCAUCAGCAUUUGAUCCUAAAGAGAAGUACUGGACCAGAUUUCCGCCAGAGGGAUCCAAAAGCACUCCGCCACAUCAAUCCUGUGAGUUCAGGUGGAAGGACUACUGUCCCAAAGUGUUCAGGACUCUAAGAAUGUUAUUUAAGGUGGAUCCAGCUGAUUACAUGUUAUCAAUCUGUGGGAAUGAUGCCCUCCGGGAACUUUGUUCACCUGGUAAAAGCGGAAGCUUCUUUUACUUGACAAAUGAUGAUCGCUAUAUGAUAAAAACAAUGAAAAAAGCAGAAGUGAAAGUACUUCUGAGGAUGCUAAAUGCUUAUUACAACCAUGUUCGAGCAUUUGAAAACACCCUUGUAACUAAGUACUUUGGUCUACAUUGUGUAAAGUUAAAUGGACCUGCACAGAAGAAGGUACGGUUCAUCAUCAUGGGAAACCUUUUCUGCACCGAAUACACGAUCCACAGAAGAUACGACUUGAAAGGAUCUACUUUUGGUCGUAUUACUGAAAAGCCAGAGUCGGAGAUUGAUGCAACCACAACACUCAAGGACCUAGAUCUUAACUUCAUAUUUCGCCUUCAAAAGAAUUGGUUUCAAGAGUUCCGAAGACAAAUUGAUAGGGACUGUGAGUUUCUCGAACAAGAAAGGAUAAUGGAUUACAGCCUUCUGGUUGGACUUCACUUUAGAGAAGCAGCAAACAGUAGUGAUCAUACUCCAGCUGAUUGCCAAACUCCAACUGAAAAUGGCGGUACAGAUGAAUCCGUUCCACGUCUCUCCAGAGCAGACAUGGAUCAACUGCUUCUAGAUCCUGCAGGGUGGGCUAGUAUCAGAUUAGGUAUAAAUAUGCCUGCAAAAGUCGAAAGGACUGAAAGGAGAAACGAUGGCGAAAUCCAACUUGUAGGGGAACCAACAGGAGAAUAUUAUGAUGUAAUAAUGUUCUUUGGCAUCAUUGACAUACUUCAGGACUAUGACAUCACAAAAAAGCUUGAGCAUGCAUACAAAUCUAUCCAGUAUGAUCCAAACUCAAUAUCAGCAGUGGAUCCAAAGCAAUAUGCAAGGCGUUUUCGCGAUUACAUACUCAGAGUUUUCGCCGAGGAUAGUUAG